ACUCGAACAAACAACACACAAAUAUAUAGAUGCAUUGGACGGGGGGUUGAAUCUUCUGGUAUGGCGGUGGUUCCUUCUCUAGAUUUCGGUGGUCCUCUCCUUCUAGCCAACUCUAGAUUUUUCUACAAAUGGCGGUAAAAUUCAGAGCAUCCAGACGCAUAGGGUUAACGUAGUGGUGAGAAGAGAAGCAAUUUGCAAAAACCGUAGCGGUGAGAGGGGAGUAAGUUUUAUUCUUUUUUUUUUUUAAUAUAAAAAAAACAACCAGAAAUUUUUGGCCCAAAUGUUUCUCCGCCUCUGCAAGGGAUACUCCACACGGGAUAAAUUCCUACAUUACAAAUAUCAAACUCGUUUUUCAAGUCCUUGUGCAAACUAAGUUGAUAUUUUGAGAAGUAAUUUUGUAAAAAUUGAUUUUUUAAUACGUAGUUAAACAUUAUGAAUAAUAAGUUAUAAAAAAUUGUGAACACUGUUAAAAGUCGUUUUAUAUUUCCUUUAUAUUAUAUUAGUUUACACGGCCUUUAGUGCUAAAUAUUAAUUUUCUUUGGUUGACUUAGUCAUACUAGAAUCAGUUGCAUGUUGGAUGGAUUAUUUACCAAGUCCUUGGUUAGUUAGCAUGUUGAACACUUCUUUAGGACUUAAUGGGUUCAUGUUCCUACUUUUAUGUUUGUACCGUUGGUGGAAGCUCUAUAUGAUGGGCUCAGUGAUUAUAAAUCAAGUGUGUGGCAGAAGAUAAAUAAAUGAAUGCUAAGCUCCUUUAAAAUCUCACUCCCUUAUUUGGUUCCUUUUUGCUCUCUGCCAUUUACUAACACUGGUUUCAGAGCUGGGUGAAGAAAGGUGAGAAUCCAGAAAAAUGGAAUGUUGACAGUGGGAAGAGAAUUAGUGAAAUAGAAAGAGUGGUAAGAUAAGAAAUAGUGCAGCAAAAGAAUUUUUUAAGACAAGAUUGUAGUAAAACGAUGGCAGUUGACACCUUCAUUCAACCAGCUAUUCCCGCUUUGAUGAUCACUAUGAUCAUUGAGCAUGUUAAUGGAGAAUUUUCUUAGAUCGAAGGAGUACUGGAAAGUUGUCUCCGAAGGGAUUAAGAAACCACUAGCUAGCAUAAUAAUGAAGGAUGCAUAGAGAACGGAGUUAGAAGGGAAGUGGCUAAAAGAUCUCAAAGCAAAGAAUUAUCUUUCCCAAGCAAUUGAUUGCUCAAUCUCAAACCGUUCUAAACAUAUUUGGGAUUCCAUGAAGAAGAAGUACUAUUACGUAUAUCCUGCCAUUCUACCAGAAUUAUCUCCCAAAAUCAUCUCCAUAUUAGGUGUAACCGAGAUUUCCUCCAUUGUAAUUGUGAAAUGCCUUAUUUAGAUUAUAUUAUUUCUGUACAUAUAUGCAUUGUAUCCACAAUUACCAAAUUAAUAAAAAGUUUAAACUCAUUUAGCACUUUAACAUGGUAUCAGAGCACACGUUUAGCAAUCUUACCUCCCAUGGCUGCUCAACCCACUCUUGACAUCACCAAAGCAAUUACAGAUGCCUCCUCUCCAUAUUUUCUUCACUCCUCCGAUCAACCCAGUAAUGUGCUUGUUGAUACACCAUUGAAUGGUGAUAAUUACUCCGCUUGGUGCCGAGCAGUUACUCGGGCUCACAAUGCUAAGAAUAAGCUGGGGUUCGUUAACGGAACCCUCUCCAAACCCACCGAUCGCACUGCUUCAGCUCUCUGGGAUCGAUGUUGCAACAUGAUCAUGUCAUGGCUCCUCCACUCCAUAGAAAAGACCCUUGCCAGUAGCCUUGUUUAUUGUGCCACCCCGUUUGAUCUAUGGGCGGAGGGUGCUGCUAGAUGUACAGAACGUUUCUUUACAGAGUCUACACAGAAUGACGUGGCAGUUGAGGAUUAUUAAAAAAAAAAAA